AUGCAGCUCACCAGCCUUCUUACCGUUCUCAGUGCAGGAGCAGCUCUUGCGGCCCCUGCCGCUCAUGCCGGAUUCGGCCGUCGGGCCGUCAACAUUAGCCAGCCGUUCGAGGUCGAUCGCCUGUACAUGUCCAUGGACAGCGUGUGGGAUACUUCGUCCGGCGUCGACGUCAAGUUCACCGCCACGGAUGCCAACACUGGUGUUACCACCGUCUGCAACACCGCCAACGUCCUUGCCAAUACCGUCUACGCCUGCGAGAGGGACCAGACCACGUGGGUCUUCAAUACCGAUUUUUCGAAGCUCAGUGUCGAGUGGUAUUGGCCGCCGGGAGAGAUCAGCGACAAUGGCCUCGGAGGCAACUACCGCGCCAAUGGAUCUGCGACCGUCAAUUGGAACUGCGCGAGCUCUGGCAGCCAUGGGCAACAAUGCUUUGCAACCAAGUUCAAUGUUCCAAUCCAGACCAUUGAGGCUUGGGCGUGA